AAGACCUCUGAGGCUCUGCUGUUAAUAGUUCUUCUGCUCUGACCUGCCCAAGUGGGCUAUGCUCCCCAGGUACAAUGGCGAUCAUUUUUCUUUGGAAGAGCCUGAUGCUUCUAUUUUGUUUCUCAGGGACCCACUCAGCACUCCAGAGGAACUGGAAGUUGGAAAUGUUAAUUGGUGAGAUGGAGCACCUCUUUACGAUGGAGGAAUUAGACCACAAAUCUGGGGGUCCUCGGAGGCCACCCACAUUCAUGACUAACUUGUUCCAUCGAGUGGCCCACCCCAAUGGCAUCAGCAAGACUGAAGGUGCCUUGAUAGGAAAUAUGGUGAGAAGUUUUGAGGAGAAAGUACACAUCAACCAGUCUCAUUUUUUCUUCAACCUCUCUUCUGUUGGCCAACAUGAGAAGAUAUUACGAGCUGAACUCCAUGUAUUUAAACUCAGACAAUCACAAGAAUUCUUGAGUGAAGACAAGAUCGUUCAUUACAGUAGAGUGGAAGUCCAUGAACUUUUAGGUCCUACACCGGAGGCUGAACGUGGUAGUCUCCUUAUAUCCAGGAAUCUUCCUCUGAAGUCAGAAGGCUGGUUGGUAUUUGAUGUCACUCAGACGGUAAAUGACUGGGUCCAUGGAAACUUCUCUGACCGGAGCUUUUUGGUACUCACGACGAAGAAUGUUGGCCCCCCUUUGAAUUAUAUCUAUCACAGAACUGACCGAAAGUGGAAGAAUAAGGAGAACAGGAAUUCCUUACUUGUUCUCUUCACUGAAAAAGAAGACAAUGAGCCUCUUAGAAGUGGAUACCUGGCACCACCAAUGUUGUUUCAGCCGGAUGGACAGAUGAAUUCUAGCUUUUUGGAUUUCCUUCGACUUGUUGAGUCACCUCCCAACGUCAGCGUUAGCCACGGCGUUCGGAAAUCCAGAAGCAUUGCUAAGAUCGAAUUUAUUCCCAAGGGCUGCCAGAAGGCCCCCCUUUAUGUGGAUUUUGAGAAAAUAGGGUGGUCAAAAUGGGUUAUUUCCCCCAAAGGAUACCAAGCCAACUACUGCAGGGGGAAAUGUUUAUUUCCCCUGGGCCAUGGGGCAGAAGCCUCUAAUCACGCCUGCUUCUUGUCCUUUGUUGUUCGCUUCAAGCUCGACCCAAAUGUGUCGAGGCCCUCUUGCGUCCCUAGAAAACUGAAUUCCAUCAACCUCUUGUACUAUGAUGAUUUAAACAAUGUAGUGCUCAAGCAGUAUAAAGAUAUGGUGGCUGAUAGUUGCAGCUGUCAAUAAGCAAAGUCUACCUGUUGGGCCAUUCCAGAUGUGACUGGGGAGGGGACUGAUAGGAAGAUGAGUGAAUGACACCACGGAUGAUGGCAGUGCUACUGGUCCUUCUUUGCCAGGAGGCAGUGGUAGAGAGAAAAAUAGCAUGGCCCUGUGGGUCCAAAGUCUAUGUUUUUCUCUCUGCAUGACAUUUCAGCAAGCUGCUUACCUUCUGAAUCUCAUUUUUCUCCUCUGUUAAAUGAAUGUUUUGAUUCUCUGCAUCCCAAAGUUGUGGGAAGGAACCUACAAAAUGCAAAUGAAAGUACUUUGGAAAUUGUAAAGGGGGUUUCACAUGUAAAGUAUCAUUAUUAUAUCUUUCUGGGGUUUGCACAGAGGCCCUGCUAUUGUAUUAUUUUUGCUUUUGUUAUCAUUUAGGCAUUUCCAGUAGUGUCUCACUUUUAUGAACUCAUUCGAGAUUUUCUUGGCAAUGAUAUCAGAAGGAUUGACCAUUUCUUUUCUUCCAGCUGAUUUUAUAAAUGAGGAAACUGAGGCAAACAGGGUUUAGUGACUUACCCAAGAUCACACAUUUAGAAGUGUCUGAGGCCAGAUUUAAACUCAGGAACAUGAGCCUUCUUGACUCCAGGUCCAACACUCUAGCCACCUAGGUGCCCUUAUUAAAUGAUUACUAUAUGCUAAGUACUAGGCAAAGAAAGGCAAAAAAAUAAAUAAAUAAAAAUCCCUGACAGCUAUGGAAAGUAAUGAAUGCUGGAGGGGAUGUGGCAAAGUCAGGACAUUAAUGCAUUGCUGGUGGAGUUGUGAAUGAUCCAACCAUUCUGGAGGGCAAUUUGGAACUAUGCCCAAAGGGCGAUAAAAGACUGUCUGUCCUUUGAUCCAGCCAAAGCACUGCUGGGUUUGUACCCCAAAGAGACAAUAAGUAAAAAGACUUGUACAAGAAUAUUCAUAGCUGUGCUCUUUGUGGUGGCAAAAAAUUGGAAAAUGGGGGGAUGCCCUUCAAUUGGGGAAUGGCUGAACAAAUUGUGGUAUAUGUUGGUGAUGGAAUACUAUUGUGCUAAAAGGAAUAAUAAAGUGGAGGAAUUCCAUGGAGACUGGAACAACCUCCAGGAAGUGAUGCAGAGCUAAAGGAGCAGAACCAGGAGAACAUUGUACACAGAGACUGAUACACUGUGGCACAAUGGUAAUGCAAUGAUCCAGGACAAUUUGGAGGGACUUAUGAGAAAGAUGCUAUCCACAUCCAGAAAAAGAACUGUGGGAGCAGAAAUACAGAAGAAAAACAACUGCUUGAUCACAUGAGUCGAUGGGGAUAUGAUUGGGGAUGUCAACCCUAAAAGAUCCCCUAGUGCAAAUAUCAGUAAUAUGGAAAUAGGUCUUGAUCAAUGACACAUAUAAAACCCAGUGGAAUUGUGUGGCAGCUACGG